AUGGAAGUUGAGUUAAAGGUAGAUGUAAAUGAUGGAUCAGAGGUGGAUAUGAGUAGUGCAAAAGAUGAAUUAUGGAAAAGGUUUAGGACACUAGACGUUGUUGGGAAAAGGGCAUUAAAAAGUAGAGUUUGUGAACUUGCCUACCCCACAAUGACUUCUUUGUGUCCGCCACCUGAGAAAAUAAAAACCAAAGGGGGAGUUAAGAAGAAAGGCAAAAAAUCAGUAGGGUCAUAUAUUGAAGAUGUAGUUGAUGUUGCAUCAGAUGGUAAUUGUGAAUUUAGAGUCAUUGCUUCAUUGCAUGGAUAUGGUGAAGAUGAUUGGCCAAUAGUUCGUCAAGACUUGGAGUUAGAAAUAAUACACAAGGAAAUAUCAAGUUUGUAUGACAACUUAUUUGGUAAUCCGUUAGCAGAAGUGAGAGAACCUUUGAUGAUAGAGACAUUUGGUCCUCAACCACCACAGAAAUGGUUGACUCUACCAGAUAUGAGUUACUUGAUAGCAAAUCACUAUAAUGUUGUACUUGUCUCUUUAGGCAACCCUUGCUUGACUUUCUUCCCUAUGACAAGUUCAUAUCCACCAUAUGCCUCUAUUUUUUGCAUUGAUUUUGUAAACCAAAAUCAUUGGGUUCAGCUAAACAUGAAAUAA